AGUGCAUAGCCAGGCCAGUAAAUGACAUGAAUGAACAACAGCGGCUGUUGUUUUUGUAAACUUUCUUUGAAAUUCUCUUUCAAAAUACUUCCUUACAGUGAAAUAACAAUUUCCGUGGCUAUUGGCAUUCAGUUUUGCAACAAUAACUAAUUACCCAGUGUAUUGUGCUAAGUUUCGUCGUGUUGUAAACAAAAGAUCGUUGUUAGGUACCGUUUGAAAAAAAAACAGUGCAACAGGUUUCAGUGCAGUGUUGUUUGGUAUCAAUAGAAAAUUAGUAAUACUCGUGUUUAAAUUUCAGUUAUUUGUUAUUAAAACAGUGCAGAUUUAGCCAAAUAUCGUCGUGCAAACUGACGUUAAAAGUUAUCUGUGCAGUGUUUAUAAAAAAUUAAAUUAAAAAAAAAAAAAACAAAACAGAAAAUGUAUUCUCGGUUAAAAUAAUGAUAUCGCAAUCUCAGAACAGAGUUCAAGCGAUAAAAAGUAAAUUCGAAAACUUGACUAUUGAAAGUGACCCGAUAGUUUUGAGGAAGAGGACCUCUGAACAGUUGUUCAAACGAAAUGAAUUUGGCGGCAGUUUCAACAAGGAAAAUGAUGAGUUGUCGACAAAUAAGGCCAAAAUCGACAACGAUUCCACAUCGAGUGACGAGUGUGUUGCAAACGUGAGUUAUUUGUACAGGGAGUCCAAAAGUGAUGUGAAAAAGGCCCUUUCGAGACAAUCCAGUGAUCCGGGCAAAAAACUCCAUAGGAGUCAUGCGUUUCGCUGCGAUCGGAGUCAAAAAGUAGUUGGCACUCCUAAGAGACAUGGGAGUUGCUAUGGUCGUUCGGAAACCAGUGAUUUUAGUUUAAAAAUGGCUGAUAAAAAGCUAAGUAAAGAUAGAUUAAAGAGGUUAGGCAAUUUGUUAGAGGAUCGCAUGAAAAAAGAGAAUUUUCAAAUGAGUGAUCACAAUGUUGUUGGCGAGGUUCAUGAUCUUAUUGAUUUGGGCACUCAAAGUCACUCCAAUGUCAAAAUCUCUAUACCUGAUAGUGAUGUGCCACCACAUAUUUUAGAGCAGUAUGCGAAAGUCUUAAAGCCGAAAAAGCGUGAAGACAAACAGGAUGCUAUGACCGAUAGUGGUGUUAGUUCAGAAACAGAAAAUUUGGAGGAAGACCGCGGUAGGACUAAGAAACUGGUGUCACAGUUUGAAAAACAAGAAGAAAUUGAAGUUCAACCCGAUUCCAAUUUGGAAUCGAUGAACGAUUUGGCUGUAUCCAGUGACACUAUCAAAUUGGAACGUAAAAAUCCUCAUUUAAUAUUAACGGAUACACUAAAAAAGGCUUUGAAGCAGCCGUUACCUGCUGGUCCACCUCCGAAAAAGCCUCCGCGGACGUUCACCACGUCUCCUAUUCCAGAGGUCAAAGAGAAGGAAAGAAAAGAUGCUAAGAAAAUGUUAGAAAAAUUAGAACAAGUCUUGCAGAAACGUGAAGCUAAUAAAAAUGUCUACGACAUAGCUGAAGCAGAUAUGAGUUUGAAAAAGCAGAAAGAGCCGAAAGAAAUACACUAUUUAUGUACAGAAAUUCUUGAUAUAACACAUAGAACAUUGCUACCUAAUCAGAAUAAAGAUUUGAAUUGUUUCAAACUGAAUUGUUCGAAUCUAAUGAAUUCAACGACCAGUCUUCCGUAUAGUCGAAUGAGUUCACACGAUUCAUGGCGAGAUGAUGUUAAAUUAUUUAACGGUAAUGACAAAUGUGUAAAAUGUCAGUUCAACGAAAAACAGGACCGUUUUAAGUGCCAUUUGAGUUGUGAUUGUAAGAAGUCAGAGUUUUACGUGGAGAAGGAGCAUAUUUACGAUGAGCCCUGCACAGAUGUAGCGGGGAAGAAGAAUAUGUAUGGAACAUUGAAUCUCAGUAAGAGUUUAAGCAAAAGUUUAGAAGAUCUAAGGAAUUCAAGGAGCUUAGAACAGGAUAAAAAAAUAUACGACAUUCCAUGCGACACAUCCGAAGAGAAGCCCAAGACUGAUUUCCAAAAACUACGGAACAAUUUCGAAAACAUAUCCAAGGAGGCGUCGAUACACAAAAAACCGGAAAUCGCGGAAAAACCGAAACUUGAUACCGAAACGAAAAUCUUAAGAGUUGACGUUUCAGAUAAACCGGAAAUUUCAGAAAAGCCUCCGUUAAAUAGGAAGCCAGUUUUGAGCAAACUCUCCAGGUCGAGUGAGAAUCUCGUCGAGGAAGAGAAGACGCCAGUAAGGUUUUCAACAGAGAAGAGAUUUAAGAAGAAUGAGUCCGGUGUCAGAAUUAGUUUGCCGAAGAGAGAUGUACAAGUGGACAUCGAUAGAGAAAACUUGAAUCGUCUCAUGAACGAGAUCUACGAGACAGUGACGGCGGCGUGCAACAUGGAAGACAACAAGCCAGGAAGCUUCCCGACUGAUGCGGACAACGCCACCAGUGAAGAAUCAGUAAAAAUAACAAGAAGUUUAACAGAAAAGAGGAAAAACUACGUACGUCGAGUCUCAUCCCGAGUGGCGUACCUCGACAACAAGAACAUAAAGAAUAGAUAUAGACACCAAACUUCUAUCUGCUCCUUCAAAUCCGAAGUCAUAGACAAUCCAUAUUCUACAUUCCGCUCGUGGAAGAGCUUCAGAACAUCUCAAAACAAUUUGGCCAAAGACAAAAUGGAAUCGACCGAUUCGAAAAUCAACUUGACCGAUGACAGCGGUAACGCGUUGUCUAUGGAUUGUAGUGACGGCAGUGUCGAUAAUUUGAGUAUCGAUGGAAAAACUGGCUGUGUGGAAAUACCAUUGGAGAGUGAAGAUAAGGGACUUUUCAGUAUGUGUCUAUUGGUUGGGUUGAAUUAUAUGACUGGCCAAGCUUAUGUGAAAAGUGUUUUUCCUAGUGAGGUCUCCGUCCCUCCACACAUUGAGAAUCUGAUAUUUCCUGAAACAUUGAGCUGGGCGCAGCGCGGCGAAUGGUCCCCAGACGCAAGCGCUCAGUGUUAUUCCUUAGUGCUUACUACAGAGAGGGGGGAGAGAGCUUACGGUUAUUGCCGCCGGGUGCUGCCAGAGGGCGCCACAACCUGUCUCCCUCUGUGCUACUGCGUGAUCAGCAAGUACAGAGCACCUGGGUUCUACUACAAGGUGCUGCGCGAGAUAGAGGCGCAGCACGGCGGGCCCGAGCUGCGCGCGCGCGCGCUGCUGCGCCGGCUGCUGCGCGCCGCGCUGCCGCCGCCCGGCGGGGAGUUGCUGCUCACUCUGGUGACGGACAAACAGGAUCAUCUGAAAUGCCAGACCAUGCCGGAUCUGAGAAGAAGCGGGGGCAAAAGUGAAGAAGAUAAGGAAGAGUUUCCUCGAUUUUUGGACUUCGAGAACAAUAAUAACACUAAACGGAUCACACUCGGUUAUGAAACUAGACAAACAGUAAUAAAACGCCCAAUCGAGCCUCGCGUCGACGAGGACAAUCUGUCGACGCUCGUGGACUCCCUAGGAACGGGUCUGGCCAUCAAAGUGUUCGGCUCCCUGUUGCUGGAGAGGAAGGUCAUCAUCAUCAGCGAUAAACUUAGUCAACUAUCAUCGUGUAUGGAGGCCCUACAGUCUUCGCUGUACCCGUUCGUGUGGCAACAGCCGCUCAUAUCGGCGAUACCCUCGGAGAUACAGAGAGACGUGUUGCAAGCGCCGUUGCCCAUUCUAGCUGGCAUGUUGGCCACUGGCACUGAAAUCGACGGACUUGAAUUCGAAGAGGGCAUGCUGAUAGACCUGACCCAUCCAUCGAAAGUGCUGUUCUACCAGGGGGACGAAGCCACAAUACUACCUACUUCGUGCUAUAAGACGUUGAAGACGUCACUACAGAUGGAGUCGACGAAAUUCAAAGAUAGAUCGGAAGACGCGAAGACGCGCAACGUUCUCAUAUCGGAGGCAUUUCUACGAUUCUUUGUGGACGUGCUCGGCGACUUCUGGAAGUAUUUCAGCGUUGGAGAAGUUGGGGAAGGCAUGCUGGGGAAGAACGGGGUCGUUUUUGAUAAAGAGAUGUUCAUCAAAAACGCAAGUUCGAAACAAAACCAAUACUUCUUGGAGUGGUUCACGGAGACCGCUAUGUUCACACACUUCAUACAAAACAUGGCGCUGUGUUACCAACCCAAAAACACGCCCAUAGACUACACAAGCAUAGAGCUGGUCGACACCCCCCUCCCGGACUUUUACCGACUGUUCGAGGAGAGGGUGCGUUGUCGACACAAAAGUGACGUGAAAAGUGGCGAGAAGAAUUACAAAAGCGCGGUAAAUAAAAAAGUUAGAUUGCUGAAGAGUAAACUGAGGGAUCUUAUAACGUAAUUUGUGGUUUUUUUUCAAUGGAAAAUUAUCUUUAUUGCGACGUAGUAAGGUUGAGAUUUUGUCUUAAUGACAAUAAUGUACAUCGAUCAAUCAAUUGAUUUGUCAAUUGCAUGGACAAACAAAUGAUGGCAAAGAAUUAAGUAAUAUAAAAUUCCGGGAUAUAAUUUGUUUGACGCUCGAUCACAGUCAUAACAUGGAUUUUAUAUACUUUUUGAUAUGUACAUAUUUUAUAAUACUAGAUGUCGCCCGGGGCUUCGCUCCCGUGGUAAUUUUGAGAUAAAAUAUAUCCUAUAGCAAUCUCGGAUAAUGUACCUUUCUAGUGGUGAUAGAAUUUUUGAAAUCGGUUGCCCGCCUCAAACAUACAAACACACAAACGCUUACCUCUCUAUAAUAAGAGUAUAGAUUGUUAAUGACAAUAAUGUGAACUAAAUUUAGUUUUUUCCUACAAGUGUUAUUGUGUAAACAAUCGCACCAUGCCUUUUUUUUUAUAGAUUCACAGCAAUAAUUAAAAUUGACGUUUUAGGAAAUUACUUUCGUGGCAAUUAAAUGUUUUACUUUAGAAUGUACAGGUUUGUUACUGAUAUUCGAUUUGUUUUCAAUGAAAUUCAGCAAUCAGUACUGUGAUGAUUCUUUACACGUUAAGACUCGUAAGACUAGAGUGUGUGUAUGUUAUUAAAAAUAACAUAUUUAAAUUGAAUAUAUGAUUUUCUGUUUCUGGAUACUUACCUGCAUAGAUUUUGUAAUAGUACAUUCCUUUUAUAUUAAAAUAAUUCAUAGAAUCUCAUGGAAGGAAACCGUGUCAAAUAGUUUUGUCAUUAAUCCUUAUAAUAGGUUUUUUAUGAUGUAAAAAUACAUCUUGAUAUCCGUAAUGCACGAACUGUGUCCAAAUUUAAACUAUUUAUCAAGUCACAUUAUCAUUCCAGUAUCUCCUAACUUGUACCUACUUUUUCUUAUUUAUUUGUAUGUUUAGGUAUUUUUUUUACAAAUUUGCAUACAUAUUUAUAUGUUAUAAUGUGUUAGUUUAUUUUAUUUACUGCGCCAACGCCUCUCUCCAUAAUCGUUUCCUCCCACCUCAAGGUUCACUGGAAGAGAUCGCUUUAGCGAUAAGUCCGCCUUUGUGACUUUUUAUUUAAUUUUUGUAUUGUUCUUUUUUUUUUGUUAAUUUCGCUUUUGGUGCAAUAAAGUGUAUUGUUAUUGUAUUGUAUUCUUGUGUGUUUCCCAGUGAGUUUCCACCGCUGCGGUCAUUACGAUCCGUCAAUUUUCUCGAGGCCUUACUCGAGAAAUUCCUUAAACAUUCCCAAAUCAAUGAUCCCUUAAUCAUUCACAAAACCAGUAAUUCAUAAAAUUAAUAUUACCGCAGUACAGAUUGAUUCAAAGUCAGAUAGUAACUUUGUAGGUACUCCGUGAGUACUAAUUCCAUGGGUAGAACUAAUUCUUGAAUUUAUUUAAUAUUUGAAAUAAUCGUAAUGAUAUCACGUCGAAACGCUCUGAGUAACACCAAUAUGUGUUUGUACGUCAUAAAAAAUAUUUUUAACAACAAAACACGACAAUUUAAUGUCAUUAAAUUAAUAAUUUAAUGGCGAGUGGCCUCAGUGGCGCAGUGGUAAAGUACUUGCCACUGAACCGAGAGGUCCCGGGUUCGAUCCCCGGUCGGGUCAUGAUGGAAAAUGAUCUUUUUCCUAUUGGCCCGGGUCUUGGACGUUUAUCUAUAUAUGUAUAUGUUAUAAAAUAUAGUAUCGUUGAGUUAGUAUCCCAUAACACAAGUCUCGAACUUACUUUGGGGGCUAGCUCAAUCUGUGUGAUUUGUCCCGAUAUAUUUAUUUAUUUUAAUUUAUCAGUUGUAUUAUAAUAAAGUUCGAUUUUAGCCUGUCAUAUAUCAGUACCGGCUUUGCUCGUGUGAAACCGUAAUAACCUAAACCGUCCUCAAAAAACAUACCUAGUAACUACGUAAUUUAGAAGAUCUAAGCAUACAAAUAGACUGACAGGGGGCAGCGACUAUUAUACUAUGUAGUGAUUAAACUAUCAAAGGGAACAUGUAAGUUUUAUUUUUUUUUACACUAACGCCGUGUUUCGUUGUGUCACCUUAGCCCUGCCGGCUGUGACCGGAAUCAUGCGAGGAUGAGACAUAACACAAGUGCGAAAACAAUACAUCGAAACUGUUUUCGAUGUAUUGUGUUCGCAUUUACACACUUAACACAAUUGCGAAAUAUAAUAUGUAUCGCAGUUUCGAUGUAUCGUAUUCGCACUUGUGUCAUAGCAAUGAUAUUACUAAUACGGUUCGUAAUUUUUUGUCAAAUUACGAACCGUAUAAUACUUUGAUAAAUUGCCAUUGUAGCCACUAUCACAAUUAUAUUAUAUAAUUUACUUGUUUUAUCUUUAAUUUAUAGGGAUAUUGUAAAUUGUGAUUAUGUCACCUGUUAUAUUAACCCUAUCUCAUUCAUACUUCAACUGCGUGUUAAAUGUUUUUUAGCAAAAAUGUGUUUUGUCCCUUUCUUGCAAUGUCAAAUAUUUAAAAGUGAGUUACGGACAAAAUAUAUUUCAACUAAAAUUGGCUAUAUUCUGUCGAAUAUCUUUUAUAUGAAUAUAUACUUAAAUAUUUCGAAUAAAAUAGUUUUAAUAAUUAAUAGGAAAAUACAUGAGGCCUUUCAGUAAGUACCUGAGACCUUUCUAACCACUAAGCCACGGAGGCUUUUAAAUUAGCCAUCACAUCACACAGAUAGACUGACAGAUAUUAAUUAACAUUAGAAAUUUUCGAUUGAAAUCGUUAGAUCGAAAGUACGGAACAUCGAAGGAUACAUCGAAAAAAUGUUCUAGCAUUCGCCCGUAGUUUCUCAUGUGUGUACAAUAAAUAUUUUAUCAAAUAUUAUAUAAUAUGAGAAAAUAUGAGAAUUGUUAUCCUUAAAAAAAAUACAUUUUUCUUCACGCAGGUGAAAGCGCGAGUGAAAGCUAGAUUAACAUAUAUUUACGAUCCCGAAAGCAGGUACUUAAUAAUAUUUCUUUGGUUUAUCCUUCAGGUAAUGAGUUUAGUAUUCUGCAAAUAAUUUUUGAGUAAGAAAUAUAUAUUUAUUUAGAAGCGGUAAUAUCCGUGUAGUAUUUUCAUAGACCACUUGAUUUUGGUGAAAGAAAACGUAAAUAAACAUAAACAUUUGUAAUUAAACAUGUGUGAUACAAUUCAGUUCACUUGUGUAUAUGCGAUUAUUGCCACUAUAUGUUGGUAAUCCCAAAUAGCCAGAUGUCUUCAGGCGACACGAAUAGAAUAUUAAUAAUUAUGUAAUAACAGAUAAUGAAUUUGUGAGUGUUAUUCUUACAUCAAAUUUUCGGUCGAAAAAUCAAUAUGGCUAUAUAUUUCUUUUUCGAUGUAACGUUCUUCGUUAUUUAGUACUUUCGACCUAACGUGCUCAAGGUAUUACACUAAAUAAGUUAAGAAAACUGACAUUCUGUAUUUAUUUGUGAUAUAAAGUAUCGAUAGUUUUCUUUUUAUGAUAAGUUUUAGUUUAAGUUUCUGGUAUGUACUGUCGAAUAAACAUUUGUACAUUAAAAAGAUUAUAUUUU